GCCACACCUGCGCCGAUGGACGACAUAUAAAUUCACCUGCAGAGCAUUCCUACAUCACAGCAGCUCACUGCUGGACUACUCAACACACUUUCUGCAUCUUAUCUUUGGCUUUUUUUUUUAAAUUACCAUGGGGGACCAGCGGUAUCCCAUUAGCGUCCGUAUAAUUGGAGUGUUGCAUAAGGAGAAGAGCAAAUUGUACAUGACCUCAGUGCUUUGGUCAGACCAGAAUGACAUUGUAGUUUAUAGAAGUUUUCGGGAUUUCAAGAAAAUGCACAAACAACUGAAGAAAGCGUUCCCACCCGCAAACAAGCUGAAGAAAUCCGACAGAAUCGUCCCCAAAUUUACAGACAGAAAGAUAAAGCGCAGCGGUCGGAGGAAAAGCCCCACCAAAUCACUGGUGCGCCUGAAGCUUUUGCAGAAAUAUUGUAAUGAACUCCUGAGCUGCGACCCGCGCGUCUCUCAGUCUGCAGACCUCAUCCAGUUCUUCCAUCCCAAAGACCAGGAUCUCGAGCCCGAGUUCUCCAAGAACGGAAUCAUGAUCAUGCCCUCAGAAGAUGACAUCAAGAGUGAUGUGGGACACGGCGGCGGCGGUGGCAACGUGACUCAGCCGUUUGUCACAGAGACGUACAGGUGUGUGGCCCCUUACGAGACCAAAGACACCAAGAACAAACCUUUCAAAGUGGCGAUGGACGAGAAAGUGGACGUACUCAUCAAAGACAAAGCGGGGUGGUGGCUUGUGGAGAAUGAAGACAAACGCAUGGCCUGGUUCCCUGCCCCCUACCUGGAGAAAGUGGAUGAUGACGAUGACGGGGAUGAAGAUUACAUGGAUAUGACUGGUGCAAGAGGCAUGUACACUGCAGUCAGGAGCUACAAAGCCACCAAAGACGAUGAAAUAACCGUAAACAUUGGCACAGUGGUGGAAGUCCUGCAGAAGUCUGACAACGGCUGGUGGCUCAUCAGACACAACGGUAAAGCAGGUUACAUCCCCACAAUGUACCUGCAGCCCUACAACCACCCUCAUAUCCGCAUGACAAGCCACCAUCAAGAUAAACGCGCCUCCUUGACGCUAUCCUCCUCCCUGCUGACACCGCAGUCCCAGCAGCUCAGCCGCUCUCAAGGCAACCUGCUGCAGCUGCUGCCUGUCAGCCCCACCUCACCCAACCCACUCCUAUCAAACAAGCAAAGGUCACACUCCCUUAACGUCCUGUCAGAGCAACCCCCACCGAGCAUCCCUUCCUCUGCUGCCAAAGCUGGCGCCACACCCUCCUCUGCAAAUCACGCUCCUCCACCCAUGAUCACGGUGGAGAUGGAUGGAGAGGAGCAGCAGCGAGAGCGGAGCCCUACAACAGAUAGCGAUGGAAGCUUUGUGAGCGACAGUGACUUCAGUCUCAGUGAUGACCAGAGCUCCUCCUCAGCGAGCUCAUUCCUCAACCUGAGCCUCCCCGCCAAUGACGAGCGCCUGCGUCUCAGCCACACACCUCCGCCCACGGUGGGCAAUCGCCUCAGUCCGACAAGCGGCUCAGAGGGGAGAAUGCUCCCCAGUGUGUCUGACCCCAACCUCUACAAGGGCCCCACAAUACCCAAGGUGCCACCCAGACCUCAGGCGCAGGACAUCCUCACCCGCUGCAGCACCAUCACCCGCAAGAACGCAAGCAGAAAUGUUCUGUCACCCACACAAACUGAGGUACAGAGUCGAUAAAAGUUUCUAUUCUUAACUAUGUUGACUUUAUUUUUAUCAGUCGGUGAAUUUUUCUCUUCUCUGUUCUACCAUUUACAACUACUGUCACUUUUUUUUUUUCACUAAAGAUGUACUCAUAGAAAUGUGAUUUAUCAAAAAGUCUUGUUAAUGUUUGGUCAUUAAAGUGAGACUGGCAACAACUAUUCAGAAAAUGUACAAAAGGCUUAAUUUUGGAUUUCAGCAAAAUCAGCUUAGACGUAUAAACAUGAUUGAUCAGGAUACACUAAACAUUCAUAACUCACCUCUUUACAGUCUGCUCUGAAUAAUCUAUUUUCCAUAAUGGAAACCUGUUGUUGUGCCUUAUAUGCAUUUUGUCUGUGCUGAGUGCACAAAGAUAGAUAGAUUUGUUCUGUUAACUGCACUGAAAGUAAAUGUUUGUCUGAAGUACAAGAGUAUGCAGACUGUUUUAUUUCCUGCUUAAGUAUAUGUGUGUAAUUAUCAAUGAAGAUCAAUUCAGAAUGGGAUGUAAAAUGUAGAUUGAUUCUGGGUGUGUUGUGUUUACAUGUUACUGUAGAGCUCUGAACAAAUAAAAGCAUU